AUGGCUAUCACAAAACGAGCAGGACGCAACAAAGACGGCAAGGCGCCGCCACCAAAACGAAACGGGAUCCAGAAGGCCGAGUUCGACACCCACAAGAAGAAGGAAGUCGGGGUGCUGGACCUCACACUCCUCGCCACCAUCUCCGAUGACGCCAUCAACGACAACUUGCAGAAGCGGUUCGCAAACCGGAGCAUUUACACGUACAUAGGGCACGUACUCAUCUCGGUGAAUCCGUUCCAGGAUUUGGGCAUCUACACGGAACAGGUGCUCCAGCUGUAUCGUGGUAAGAACCGGUUGGAGGUGCCGCCGCACGUGUUUGCGAUCGCGGAGGCCAUGUACUACAACAUGAAGGCGUAUGGCGAGAACCAGUGUGUGAUCAUCUCCGGUGAGUCUGGGGCGGGGAAGACGGAGGCUGCGAAGCGCAUCAUGCAGUAUAUCGCGUCGGUCAGUGGCGGCGAUGAUGCACGUGGCGCUGCGUGUGGCGACUCGUCCAUUCAGCGCAUCAAGGAUAUGGUACUUGCAACCAAUCCACUCCUCGAGGCGUUCGGGUGUGCCAAGACGUUGCGCAACAACAAUUCGUCGCGCCACGGCAAGUACCUCGAGAUCCAGUUCAAUGCGACGUACGAGCCCAUCUCCGCCAACAUCACCAAUUACCUCUUGGAGAAGCAGCGUGUAGUGGGGCAGAUCACGCAAGAGCGCAACUUUCACAUCUUUUAUCAGUUCACCAAGGGCGCGUCCGCUGCGUACAAGCAGACACUUGGCAUCCAGGGCCCGGAGACUUAUCUCUACACGUCCGCGGCCAAAUGCAUCAACGUGGAGGGCAUGAAUGACGUAGCAGAGUUUGCAGACACGUUGAACGCGAUGCAGAUUAUCGGAUUAGCCCAAGACGAACAGGAUCACAUCUUUCGCCUCCUCGCAGCCAUCUUGUGGAUCGGGAACGUGGCGUUUGGGGAGAACGACGAGGGCAACUCCACCAUCCGUGACACCUCCGUUACUGACUUUGUCGCGUACUUACUCCAAGUGGAUGCCGCAACGUUGUGCAACGUGUUGACGGAACGCAUUAUACAGACAAACCACGGGAUGAAGCGCGGAUCGGUUUACCACGUGCCGCUCAACCGCACGCAAGCUACAGCCGUGCGCGACGCGUUGGCCAAGGGGAUCUACAAUAACCUCUUUGAGUGGAUUGUCGAGCGCGUCAACCUCUCAUUCGCGCAGAAUGCGGUAGCACAUCAGCAGAUCCACAAGUCCAUCGGGAUCUUGGACAUCUACGGCUUCGAGAUUUUCGACACUAACCUGUUCGAGCAGCUCUGCAUCAACUACGUCAACGAGAAGUUGCAGCAGAUUUUUAUCCAGCUCACGUUGAAAGCGGAGCAGGAAGAGUAUGUGCGUGAGCAGAUCCAAUGGACCCCCAUCAAAUUUUUCAACAACCAGGUGGUGUGUGACUUGAUCGAAUCCAAGCGGCCGCCAGGAAUCUUUGCCGCAUUGAACGAUGCUUGCGCGACCGCGCAUGCGGACUCGACCGCCGCAGACGGUUCCUUUGCGCAGCGCUUGGGCGGGGUCGGUACCAACGCGCAUUUUGAGUUGCGCUCCAACAAGUUCCUUGUGCGCCACUACGCAGGCGACGUCAUGUACGACAUCAAGACCAUGACCGACAAGAACAAGGAUCAGAUGCUCAAGGACUUGCUUGACAUGCUCCAAACAUCGCAGAACGGCUUCUUGGUCAGCCUCUUCCCCGAGGCUGACACUGCCAAGAAGCGCCCGCCAACCGCAUCUGACAGAAUCAAACACUCCGCGAAUGAGCUCGUAGACACGUUGUCGCGCGCGCAGCCGUCGUACAUUCGUACCAUCAAGCCCAACCAAAACAAGUCGCCCAGCGAGUUCGACACCAAGGCCGUGCUUCACCAGGUCAAGUACCUCGGACUCCAGGAGAACGUGCGCAUCCGUCGCGCGGGCUUUGCGUACCGUCAGACGUUUGAAAAGUUUGUAGAGCGCUUCUACCUCCUUUCGCCCAAGACGUCCUACGCCGGGGACUACAUCUGGGAAGGUGACCACCGCACGGGAACCAUCCAGAUCCUCCAAGACGCGUCCAUUCCCACGUCCGAAUUCCAGACCGGGACCUCAAAGAUCUUUAUCAAAUCGCCUGAGACCUUGUUCCUCUUGGAGAACCUUCGUGAUAAGUACUGGGAUAACAUGGCCGCGCGCAUCCAGCGCGCGUGGCGCCGUUACCUCCGCCGCAGGGAGGCCGCGGCCAAGACUAUCCAGCGCACAUGGCGCGAGAAACAGCACGGCAACAAAUACGAACAGUUGCGAGACCAAGGCACCAAGCUCUUGGGCGGCCGCAAGGAGCGCCGUACCAUGUCCUUGUGUGGCUACCGUGCGUACAUGGGGGACUACCUCAACUGCAAUGACUACUCUGGGUUCGGGCGCUUCCUUGUGAAGCAGACGGGCAUUAACGAGAAGGUGGUGUUUUCGUCGCGCGCAGAGACUUUGCAAUCGAAGUUUGGGCGUUCAUCCAUGCGCGUGCCGCGCAUCGUUAUCCUCACUACCUCCACCUUGUUCCUCAUCACGGAGCAGGUGGUGGAUGGCAAGGUGGCCUACUCCAAGGAGACGUUUCCCGUGAACUUGAUCAGCCAGGUGGGCAUGUCGAGCUUCCAGGACAACUGGGUCGCCAUCUGUACCACCAAUAGUCUGGCGUCAGACUGGUUCAUUAACCUUGACUUCAAGACCGAGUUGGUUACGCAUUUACUGAAGUUGUGCUCGGGCUUACAGGUGAAGAUUGGCCCGACCGUCAUGUACCAGAAAAAACCGGGCAAGUUCACCACUGUUAAGUUUGCCGUCAGUUCUGCCGCCCCUAAGUACAGCGAUAUUUACAAGUCCGGGGCAGUACUGGUCCCCCAGGGGCAGCCAGGCAGCAGUGUGUCCAAGAGAAGACCGAGAAAUGCCAGCACCACGGUAGAUUAUUCCAAGUACAGACGGGGGGUGGCGAGUAGCAGUUCGAAUGGCUACGCGGGACAGCAGCGUUCAGCGCAGUUCCAGGCUCAGCCUCCGGUACAACGCCAGCCAAUCAGCCAGGCUCAGACCCCACGGAGACAAACGUCGAGAAAGGCGCCGCCUCCGCAGCCGGUUCAGCAGCAAACCCAUCCGAUUCAGCAAACGCUGAACCCGGCGGCUCAACAGAAUGCCGUCAACCCAGCGGUUCUGGCCGCUACCGCGGCGUACAACCCCCAGCCUACCCGUGCAAAGAAAACGGCCCCGCCUCCGCCACAAAAAGUGAUGAGAAAGCAGACCGCACCUGCACCUCCACCACCUCCGCCUGCUCAACCUUCCCACCCGACGUUCAAAGCGGCAUACGAGUUUGUGGGUAGUGGUGCUGUUUCUGAGCUUCCGCUCACACUCGGUCAGGUGGUGUAUGUCACCAAGCAGGAGGGCAACGGCUGGUGGUUGGCCAAGACGUUGGAUGGCACUAAAGAGGGCUGGGUGCCAGGCGCCUACAUGGUCGAAGCCGCUUCCGCACCAGUUCAGACCCCACAAGCAUCUGUCGGGGUGAUCCCAGCGGCCCAGGUUGCUUCUGUCCAGACGGCGAACGAAGGUGGUUUGGCCGGCGGUUUGGCCGCAGCGUUGUUGGCAAAGCAGCAAGACUCAUCAGACUUGGCGGGUGGUUUGGCUGCUGCGAUCAAGCUGAGACGUGGGAGAAUGGAUAGCGAUGAUGAAGACGAGGGUGAUGAUGAUGAUUGGUAG